AUGACUCCUAAAUCAAAAAGGAAAAGCAUCCACAGUAGAAUGCUCCGCCCAGUGUCCAGAGCUUUUGAAAUGGAGUUUGAUCUAGAUAAAGCACUGGAAGAAGUACCUAUCCAUAUAGAAGACCCACCAUUUCCUUCCAGCAGGCUGGACAAACGAACGUCUGGAUUCAUCUCAGAGCUACCCUCAGAAGAAGGGAGAAAACUGGAACACUUUACAAAAUUAAGGCCCAAAAGGAACAAAAAGCAGCAGCCGAGCCAAGCAGCAGUGAGAACUCUCUCUACUGUGCCUCCAGAAGGGGAUCAGAAUGGUCUCAUGGGGAGAGUAGAUGAAGGCGUGGAUGAAUUUUUCACUAAGAAAGUGACAAAAAUGGAUUCAAAGAGACCAUCAACUAAAAGUUCAGACAACAGUGAACCCAGUGAAGCAGGUGAUGAGAAGAAGAAAAGGGACUCAAGGAAGAGUGGCUUCCUUAACUUAAUCAAAUCAAGAGGCUCCAAAUCUGAACGUCCCCAGACUGUAAUGGUGGCAGAGGAGCCCUCCUCACCCAAGGUUGCUGCAAAAAGUCCAGCUGUGGACACAAGCAAGAAGGAGGUAAAGCCUGCAGAGCAGAACGGUGGUACAGAACGAUCUGAGGAGUUAAAGACACCAGACUCACUGGAGGAGGCACAGACAGAUGAUGCAGCAAAAGCUGAGAGGGGUGACAACAAAGGGAGCCCACAAGGAGGCCGGAGGUAUGGCGUGCAGGUGAUGGGCAGUGGACUUCUUGCAGAAAUGAAAGCCAAGCAGGAGAAGAGAGCAGCAUCUGCUCAGAAGAAACUUGGAAAUGACACAACUCCCAGAGAGUCUUUUGACACAGCAAUGAGCUCAGAACGACUGGAUGGAAGUGGUACAGUGCCUAAACUCCAGCAGACCCUUCCAGAGAGUCGGUUUGCCUCGAAUAAAGGUGACUCCAUCUCGGCAUCAUCCGAAAAGAAUUCAAAAGCUGAACCAAAGGCAGAAGCUGGUGCAAAGGCAAGAAGUUCUUCCAAUACACCAACCAGCCCAAAACCCCCACUGCAGGCAACAAAGCCCAGCCUGGCAGCACGACCCACAGUGCCACAGAAACCACGCUCUGCCUCUCGUACCGAGGAUGCUCCAGAGUCUCCCUCUGGCCCCAGUUCCCCCAAAGUUGCCCUGCUUCCACCAGUGCUGAAGAAAGUUCCUUCUGAUAAAGAAAAGGAUGGUCAGAGCAGCCCCUCUGUCAGAUCGUUUUCUCAAGAAGCUGCAAAAAGAAGCCCUGGGCAGCAGCCUCAUGAGUUCCAGAGAUCCUUAAGUAAAGACGGCCAUCAGGGAAGCAAGUCCAGUGACUCUGGAGAAGAAGCAGAUAAAGAUUUUAUUUUUGUUUAGCAAUCAGUACAAGUGCUUCGUAGUGCAAGAGCUUUUUAUAACAAUCAGGGUACAGCAAUCAACAGCCCUUCUAGCCAGCUGCUCUUUCACCACAGGUACAUUUCCAUGCAGAAAACCUGAUCUUCCAAUUGUGAUUUACAGUGCACUCACUUGACAUUGAUUUGGUCCUUAAUUUCUGUUCUGUACAACACAGACGUUCCUUUCCAUGCCUUUGCUAAAGCCAGCGAUUCUUUCAUGUAUUCUACUUGAAUUUCUCUGAAGCAGCUACCAAGAGUGCCCUGCAUUAGGGCAUUUAGAAAGCAAAGCAAAUUAACUGGACACUGUCUUACACUAAUACACUGUACAGCAGGUAAUGUGUUGUACUGCUGAAUGUAAAUGUGUCAAAUCUGCACGUGACUUACCUAUAAAUAUAUUCUUGCGGUAUGCAAUUGCACAUUGUAAUUAUAUUAAAAGAGCACACUAAUAAAAUAAUUUGUAUAGAUUAUAUAUAUUAAAUGCUUGGGUAUGGUUUUUACAUUCUCCCAUAGGGAGCUUCUUUCUUCCUGUUCUCGUACUGUACAUAAAGCUCCAACGCUUACAUAUGUGUACUGUCAAAAAGCACAACAGAGAAGGAUUUGGAUGACGUAUAAUCAUGGUAUGCUUCCACAUUCAUAUAUUAAUGUAUAUAGUUGGUUGGAAUGAGGGCAAUUGAAAUUUUAUUAAUAUUGGUGUUUUCUAGAGGCCUUCCUCAGUUCUGUCUGCAUAUUAGCUUCCUUUCAAUGUGUAAUUCUACAAGAAAAAUAGUUUGACAUCUGUAAAAACAUUUCAGCUUUUGAGGGAGGGGGUGCAGAUUUCACAGCUACCCACUUACAUUACAGGUUGAAGGGAUUUUAUUCAUAUGUAUAUUUGUAACAAUAAAAAAAUGAUUUUACAACUGAAA